AUUACAUUUCUUUCGCAUGAACAAGAAAGUCCGUCAGGUGGCCGUCCUGGGACUCUUUCUGUCCGUGCUGUUCUCGCUCUACUUGGUUCCUCUGGGAAUGUACUCGCCCUGCAUCAAAGAGGCGGGAACUCUGGGACCUGCCCCUACUCUCAUUGGGCACAGAGGAGCUCCAAUGCUCGCUCCGGAGAACACUGUGAUGUCUUUUGAGAAGGCAGUGGAAGCUGGAGGAGAAGGACUGGAGACUGAUGUCACCAUCAGUUUUGAUGGUGUUCCCUUCCUGAUGCACGACUCCACCCUGAAGAGGACCACUAACAUCGCGGAGGUUUUCCCAAACAGGACACACCUCGACGCCUCCAUGUUCACUUGGACCGAGCUGCAGCAGUUGAACGCUGGUGAUUGGUUCUUAUCGAGGGAUCCGUUUGGCACCGUGUCAUCCCUCUCUGCGGCAGACCGCUCCCAGGCCCAGAACCAGUCUAUUCCCUCACUGGUCCAGUUCCUGGAGGUAGCAGCCCGAAGUGGUAGACUCGUACUGUUCGACCUGCGCAGGCCACCGCUUGGACACCCAUACAGUCUGUCAUACAUCAACACCACUCUACAGGUGGUACAGGCCCACAUCAACUCCUCGCAGGUCCUGUGGCUGCCAUCUGAAGACAGGGACCAGGUCCAGGCUGUGGACCCACACCUGCAGCAGACCUCUGGAGAAAAGGCUUCUAUCCAGGAGUUGACAGACGGACACAUCACCAGACUGAACCUGCACUACAGCACCAUGUCUCAGCAACAGAUCCGAAAGUACCAGUCAGUGAACAUCAGCACUAACCUGUAUGUGAUCAGCCAGCCUUGGCUCUACACACUGGCCUGGUGUGCUGGAGCGCAGUCCGUGACCACCAACUCCAUCCACAUCCUGUCCAACAUCAACAAGCCGCUGUUCCUGAUGACCCCAGAGGAAUAUAGUCUGAUGUGGAUUCUUACUGAUGUGGUGUCAGCCUUCCUCAUCACUGCAAUUUUCAUAUUCCACUGGUGGAGAGAGCGAGGCCUGCCCUUCUGGUCCGGCAGCCGGCAGACUCACGAGAAUGGACCAUACAGCAAGUUCAGGACAGAGCUCAGCGAUGUUUGGUCCAUCUCCAGCGUCACUGUCCGGCCUGAUUUACGGAGCAUGCCUACUUCACCCAGCACCCCUCACCUGCCCACCAUCACAGAGGAGUGAGAGGGAGGGAGAUUAAAAAAGGAAGGUGCAAGUCAGGAAAGGACAGAUAAGAGAUGGAAAAAGUCCUUGUUGAGAGUGUGAUGAAGGCCUGUCAAACUCUCUGAUCUUAAGCUUUUGUUAUUUAAUUAUUGUUGCUUAUAAUAGUCAGUCUAUUACUUAGCAUCAGUUUAACACCCACAAAAUCGAUGUGGAUUGAUGGGACUUGACAGUGUGAGCAGCCAACACAGCAUUUGUCUUCACAUUUUGAUGGAAAACUCCGAGCAGUGCACAGAAAUUUGUGACACCACCUUUUAACAAACAAAUGAAAACUAAAAAUGUUUGGAAGUCAUGACAGAGAGAGCAGAAAGUAGACGGCACACUCUAUUCUCCAUCUGUCAUCCUCUCGGUCUGUGGGUGGGCCGCCUGUGGAAGACGAACAGCUGGAAAUAAAAAGCCUUCAUUCAUUACCCAUCAGAGAUGAAGCAAAUGGACUGUGGACACGCGCCCUGGGGUGUCCGUUUCCAUACUGUAAUCUCAUGAUGCCAUUAAAUUCCUCAAAGUGAGGACAGUUAAAGACGAGACCAGAGGAUGAGGACGUUUUCAUUUCUGGUCAUUCGGCACGGUGAACGAACAAAAUAAUGAACGUCUGCAGCUGCAGUGAUCCAUCAGUCACCUUUGUGCGUCUGCUCGCUGAUGAAGGACCGAAUGUUGAUCAGAGACGCUCUGUGAUAAACUGUAAACACAGAAGAAAUGAAAUGGACUCUUACAUAUGAGCUGUGCUUUUUCAUUUUCAGCUGUACAGACAUCAGGUGCAUCAGACAAAAACCUUAAACCAUGUCUUAAAUGAUCAUUUGUGUGUCUGAAUUGCUAGAUUCAGUGUGUGAACUCGACACUGUUGGACUGACAGAAAGAAUGUAAACCAAAGGCUCGGGAAGGGUACAGUUCAUCUGUGUACUAAAGUGAAUGUAAUAUUAAGUUUCCAAAAAGUAUGCAGAUUUUUGGCUGUAUGUCCAACAUGACAUUUUUCCCAGGGUCAGAUCUCAGUUUUACCACCGUGGGGAAAAAGUCAUUUAAAUUAGUUUAUAUAUACAUAUAUCUCUAUAUAUUGCUGGUUAGCUUAAUCUAUAAGUACUAUAGCAUAAUUAAUCAGUAGGUUUAUUUUUUUAUAGUAAUAGUCUAAACCUGCAAUUAAUAACUAGAGCUUUAAGAUAAAUGUAGUGGUUUAAACGUCCUACUGUAGGCUCCCCUGCAUGCUGCAGGCAUCACUGCUCGAGAGAGACGGCGGCUGCUGUCAGCCUGCAGAGGUUUACAAGGAAUCUGCAAAAUGUAAUGAUGGUGACAAACUAAACAUUCAGUUUGUCUGCAUCCAAUCAGCUUUUGUUUUAUCUUAUUUCAGUCGCUCUGUCACCGUGUCAAACACACCUGGCGGUGGAUGGUACCAGGUGUGAAGUUAGUUUUGUAGAUCAAGGACUCUCAUUGGCUUUUUACCUGUACUGGUUUUGAAUGUGAUUGGGUCAACGUGCCACUCACAGCCCUUCAUCUUUGCUGUGUGUGUGUGUGUGUGUGUGUGUGUGUGUGUGUGUGUGUGUGUGUGUGUGUGUGUUUUAAGUCUUUUAAGUCUUUUACAGUUUAUGGAUCCAUCAGUUUGCUGGGGUCCACUUUGGUCCAGGUGAUGUAAAUUUUCUUAUCUGAUAUAAAGCAGGAGUCUCCGUGUGGAGGCCUGCGGGGGCGGUUGGGCAGACUUUGAGCAGACUUCAGAGACAUUAUGAAUGAACACCGCUCUGAUGUCUGCAGCUGACUGUGUAUAUUCCCCACCACUGCUCUUCACUCAGAUUCAAACCCAAGUCUGCUUCAGUUUGUCAAAACAAUCACUCUCACAAGCUUUUGAAAACCCCUCUUGCAAUGCAGAGAGGUUUAUAAGUUUAGUGGCUUGACUGAAGCAAUUCAAAUGAACAGAGUCGCACCUCUUCCAGGUUAGGUGAUCACAUGGUUAAACAGACCUGAUGUUGGGGGUUAUUGUUGAGCAGGCGCUGCAGAGCCACCAAGAACAAACUUGUUUAUGGUGUUGUGUUGAGUAAAGUGGGGGCUGAAUCUAAAUCUAAGCUCCUAAAUCCUUUUAACCGUCCGCAUGGCUCUAUUUUAGUCACACUGCCUCCCUCAUUGCUUCUCCUUUCAGCAGCCUUGUGGACUUUCUUUGAUGUGAGAAUACUGACUGCAAGAAAAGUCUGUUUGUUAGUAAAACGUGCCAGCGGCACAAACUGCCCGACACGCGGGGUUUUUUUUUUU